AUAAAACAAUUACAUUUUUUUACAUACACCAAGUGUGUUGUUUUAAAAAAACUAUUAUUUUUCCAAUACAUGGAAAUCAUCUCGAGACUCUAGGUACAGAUAACUGAAACCAGUUAGUUCGAUCGGGUUAUAGUAGAUGGCGUUGGAAAUAUUAAGUUUCUUCCUAAAUAUCUUUAACCGACUUCAAAAAGGAGGUUUCUCAAUUCGAUCGUAUAUAUGCUUUUUUUAUGUUUGUUCGCGGAUAACUUGAACCGCUUGUGAUGAUUUUUUUUUUUUCAAUACUAAAAAAAUAAUAUUCUUUGGCAACACACGAGACCUUGUCAUAAAAAUGAUAAGAGAAAAUCUCAAUCGAUACAUAUUAUCUUUGAAUGUGUCGUUAUAUAUAGGCCUGUUUAGUGUAAGUCAUUUCAACAAUUUAUAAUGGCUUUAGUAGAAGUAAGUCAGGGUUAUAUCAAAGGCGGAAAAACGACUACAGACAGUGGAGUGUCGUAUUAUGAAUUUCUUUGUAUCCCUUAUGCCAAACCACCGGUCGGAAACUUAAGAUUUAAGAGUCCUGAACCACCCGAAAAAUGGGAUGGUGUUUUAGAUGUAACAGAAUAUAAGGAAGACAAAGUAUGUGUGCAAAUAAUUUUAGAGAAUAACAGUUGUAUAGGAAAUGAAGAUUGUUUGUAUCUUAAUGUUUAUACACCUAAACUGCCGGAAUCGGAUUCUAAGCUAUUGCCCGUUAUGGUGUUUAUCCAUGGAGGUGGUUUCGUAAGAGGCAAUGGUAUAAAUAAUAAGGAACUUGGACCCCAAUAUCUCAUAGAUAAAAAUGUUGUUGUAGUAACCUUCAACUAUAGACUUGGAGUUCUUGGAUUUCUUAGUUUAAAUAUUCCUGAAGCUUCCGGAAACAUGGCCCUGAAAGAUCAGGUUCAGGCACUUAAAUGGGUUCAGCAGAAUAUAGAUAAAUUUGGGGGUGACCCGCAUAACGUUACACUGUUUGGGAUGAGUGCUGGAUCAGUAUGUGUAGAAUGUCACUUAGCGUCUCCUUUGUCCGAAGGACUAUUCCACAAAGCAAUUCUUCAAUCUGGUCCUACCCUCAGUUCUUGGUCUAUCAAUCAUGAACCUUUUGAAAGUGUCCUUAAACUUAUAGAAAAAAUGGGCUACACUGGAUCCACAAAAGACAAAAAAGCUAUUCUUGAAUUUUUGGUGGCAAGCCCAAUAAACCAAUUAUCAAACAAAGCUGGUGAGGUAGAUUUUGAAUCAAUUUGUGCUAGAGGUGCGUUCGAAUUCAUUCCAACCAUAGAAAAGAAUUUAGGCGAUGGAAAGCAAAUGCUUACUGAACAUCCAUAUAAAUUAAUAAAAGACGGACAGUUUAACCGUGUGCCUACAAUGAUGGGUGUCUGCGAAAAAGAAGGUUAUUUUUUGGAGUUCAUAAAACCGGAUUCUUUCCGUGACAUUAGUGAAAAUAAAAAUUUCGCAGACUACUUGCCUUACAAACUUGAAGAAGGAUACAAAGACGCGGUUAAUAAACAUUUCCUAUCAGUUUAUUCUAUGAACCUUACCGAUGGUAAUGACGAUAACAAAUUGGCAGUGGAUUUCUUCGGCGACCUUGAUUUUGUAGCUGGGUGCUACUUAAGAGGUGAUACAAUGGCUAGGAAAGGAGUUCCUGUAUAUUUCUAUGAAUUUCAUUAUGAUGGAAACAUUAAUCACUGUAAAAUCUUUUUUAAUAUCAAAAAAGAAGGUUCCACACACGGAGAUGAUUGGACUUAUAUUUUCGAACAUGACCCAGUAUCAAAAUCCGCUGAUGAAAAAGAUGAAUCUGUAAGGGAAAUUGUAACAAAAUUGUGGACCAAUUUUGCAAAAACAAGUGACCCCACUCCAAACGACGAUUUAAACAUUCGUUGGCCGUCAUAUAACACAUCGAAGAGCUGUCUCAUUAUUGACGAGAAACCAGAAAUCAAAUCAAACUAUCUGUCAAAUAAAAUAGACGUAUUCACUAAAAUGUAUAAUAUUGCAAAUUAAAGAGUAAAUAAAUAGACUUUUGUAGUAGAAAAAUAUAUAUUUUUAUACAGU